AUGGCAUUGGGAGAAGGAAAGACCAGGAAAGCCGCUCAGACAAGCUCGAGGAAAGGGUGCAUGAGAGGCAAAGGUGGCCCUGAAAAUGCCUUCUGCCCCUUCAAAGGCGUGAGGCAGCGCACUUGGGGCAAAUGGGUGGCUGAAAUCCGUGAGCCCAAUGGCGGCAAUCGCACGUGGCUCGGGACUUUCAAGAAUUCUUAUGACGCUGCAGUGGCUUACGACGCUGCCGCCUGGAAACUGUACGGUCCUGAUGCUAAGCUUAAUCUCCCUCAUUUGUAUGAAGAGAAUCUUCAGUUUGCAGUUUUUCCCAACAAUGACAGUCAAGUGCAUAUUCAAGAAAAUCCACUCUUUUCUUCUCAAUCUGCCUCUCUACCAGCUGUUGAUGGAUAUCCAUUUCAGGGUGCAUUCCUGAACAGCAAUCUGAUUAAUGUUAAUGAAAAUGAAUUUGUGAGAUGGGAAGAAAUGGCGAACAUUAUGAAUAUGUGCUUGCCGGCGGUUGAUGACUCUGUCCUGUGGGCAGAGGCCGCGAAGGACACCACCUUCCAGUUUGUGGAAGAGAUGCAGAUUUUCAUGAGCAAUUCGGAUAAUGGGAAUUAUAGCAACCAUUUGCCUAUCUGA